GCGCUGGGAGGCGUGCGGGACUGAGAGCGUCGGCCGUCCCCUCGGCGAGUGCAGGGCAGUGGUGGACAGAGACGAGGGCAGGCGGAGCAGAGCUCUCCUGCGGGAGACAUGAGACCUUAGAGGGGCCUUUGGGGGCAGCUCAGCGGGACUCUUCCUCGCCACCAGGCGUGAGGAGCCAUGAACUGGGCCGGCCUCUACGCGGUGCUGAGCGGGGUGAACCGCCACUCCACCGCCAUCGGGCGCAUCUGGCUCUCCGUCAUCUUCAUCUUCAGGAUCAUGGUGCUGGUGGUGGCGGCCGAGAGCGUCUGGGGGGACGAGAAGUCCGCCUUCACCUGCAACACGCAGCAGCCGGGCUGCAACAGCGUCUGCUACGACCACUUCUUCCCCAUCUCUCACAUCCGCCUGUGGGCCCUGCAGCUCAUCCUGGUCACCACGCCGGCCCUGCUCGUGGCCAUGCACGUGGCCUACCAGCAGCACCAGGAGAAGAAGCUGCUGGUGAUGACGGGCCACGGGGACGCCAAGCACCUGGAGGAGGUGAAGAAGCACAAGAUGCGCAUCGCGGGAUCGCUGUGGUGGACGUACGUCUGCAGCGUGGUCUUCCGGCUGAUCUUCGAGGCCGUCUUCAUGUACCUCUUCUACAUGAUCUACCCCGGCUACCAGAUGGUGCGGCUGGUCAAGUGCGAGGCCUACCCCUGCCCCAACACCGUCGACUGCUUCGUCUCGCGGCCCACCGAGAAGACCAUCUUCACCGUCUUCAUGCUGGUCACCUCCAGCGUCUGCAUCGUGCUCAACAUGGCCGAGUUGGUCUACCUGGUGGUGCGGGCCUGCACGCGCCACAGCCACCACAACUCCAACCCUUCCUCGGGGAAAGGCUCCUUCUACGGCCACAAGAUCUCCUCUGAGUACAAGCAGAACGAGAUCAACCAGCUGCUGAGCGAGCAGGACGGAUCCCUCAAGGACAUGCUGCGCCGCAACCCCGGCCUGCAGGAGAAGGGCGACCGCUGCUCCGCCUGCUGAGCCCCACGCCGCCCCACAGCCCUGGGAAGGGCACACACUGCCCUCGUUUUGCGUAUUGCACGCCCGGUGCCGGCCCUCCUGGACAGCGGGAUGGGGAGGGCAGGGCUGCCGCUGCGUGCUCGGGCCAUUAAAUGUCCAUUCUCA